AUGGCCAGAACAAAGAGAACGGUCAGGAUAACAUAUUCAGACGACUCCUCAUUCUAUGCGCCGAUUAGUGAGAUCUCGGACGUGCCACCAAGCGUCCCAAGCACCCCAAGUGAUUCUAUUUUGGCAGAAUCAGGGGAGGAGGGUUUUCAGAAACAAUUUUCAUUCAAUAUCUGCAAUUUUAUCGUCCUUCUCAUCGCUGCUCAUGUCAUAGCUUUGUGUACUGGAUUUUCAAAGUUGCUACUGAGAAGCAGCAACAAUUUCCUGGAAGAUCCAGAAAACACUGAUUUUGCCUCCUUCUGCAUUGUUUGUGCUGGACUUUCAUCCCGUCUUCAGGAAUACAAGUCUGAAAAUGCUCAGUUAGAGGAGCUUCUUACAUCUGAAAGGGAGCUUAGUAAAUCAUCUGAGAGUCACAUAAAACAACUGCAGCUGGAGUUAUCUGCUGCCAAAACAGAAGUAAACAGAGUUGAGUCAAACAUGGCUGAAGCGAUAGCUGCAAAAAAUGCUGAAAUUGAGGCACUUGUCAGUUAUCUGAAGAAGCAGGCUGCUUUGUCUGAAGAGAAUUUGGCAUCUUUGCAGAGUAUUGCUGGUGAUUCGGAUUGGGAAAGAGCAGACUGCUAGAGCAAAGAUUUAAGGCAUGGCACCAGACGCGGGCGCGUCACCAAAGCGCGGGCACGCCACUUCCAGGCGCGGGCGCGCGCUGAGCUGGCCCAGUCCCUUGAUACCCAUAUUGGAGCGGGCGCGCUUAACCUGGAGCGGCCGCGCCACCAUCUAACGCGCGGGCGCGCCCUUCUGCUGCGAUUCGUAACUCAAAAUUAUGACUUAAAACAACAAGGAGGAGUGAGAAGAGGACAACAGAUUUUUAGAAUAGUUUUCAGCAAAAAAAAAAUAAUACUCUCUCUUAGUUAGCAACUUCAUUAAAUUAGUUGAUUUAGUU